AUGCCUACUGAACUUGAAGAGCUCGUCGAGUUCCUCCACCAUGGAAACACCCAAAUCCGCCAGAUCGCGGUCGAGAACCUCGUCGGCUUCUCCACAGCUCAACCCUCUCUCUUCAAAUACCAAGACCUCACUCCCAUCAAAGACAUGAAACUGCUAGUCCGCGACUAUCCACCCAUCGCAAAAAACGUCCUCACAAUCCUCGUAAACAUAUCCUCAGACGAGCAAGUUCUGAACGCUCUAGCCACCGACGACCAAUUCCUCGAGACACUCUACUCGCGCAUCACAAACGCAAAAGAGGAAAAUGCAGAUGAGAUGGCUAUGCUACUGGCCAACCUUACAAAACAUGAACACCUCAAGACAUUGCUCACGGUCAAGCGCGAGGUUCCCAAACCGCUUUCGACUUCGCCGUUUGCGAUUGAUCAGUUGUUGGAUUUGUUUGUCAAGGGCCAGGAGGGCAGUUAUAACCCCAAGGCAAACUUCGACUAUCUGUGUUACGUGUUUGCGGAUAUUUCAAAGUACGAGGAGGGAAGAAAGCAUUUCUUGACUCCAAGGGAGGAGGAUGAGAAUAUUGUGCCGUUGUCCAAGUUGAUUGUGUUUACCGAACACAAGUCGACGAUUAGAAGGAGGGGCGUGGCUUCCACGAUCAAGAAUGCCUCGUUUGAUACGGAUUCACAUGUCAAGAUGUUGUCGACGGAUGAGACCGAGGGUGGUCUGAAUAUCUUGCCAUACCUUCUGUUGCCCUUGAUGGGUCCUGAGGAGUACGAAGACAAAGACAUGGACAGCAUGCCUGAGGAACUGCAACUCCUGCCCCCGGACAAGACUCGCGAGCCCGAAACCGACAUCCAGAUUAUUCACCUCGAGACUUUGCUUUUGCUCACCACAACAAGAGAAGGCAGAGACUUCAUGAGGGAAAAGAACGUAUACGCGGUCAUCAGAGAGUUGCAUUUGCACACUGAGAGCCCCGAUGUGCAGGAGGCUUGCGACAGAGUGGUGCAGAUUAUCGCAAGAGAUGAGGAAGGUGAGGGUGAGGAGCCACCGCAACCGCCGAAGAUUGAGGAGCUCGAUGAAGAGGAUGAGUUGGUCGAGGUUGCCUAG